CAUCUGAAUUUUGCUCAGAUUUAUAUUUAUGUUUUUGUCAUAUGUAUUAAAAUUAUUAUUUUUUUUUUAAAUUAAUAAAAAAAUAUAACAUAAAUUUAUACUGAUAAAAUACACAUAUUUUAUUAUUUUGAUAAAUUUUUCUAAAACGGAAAUGACAUCUCACGGCUGACUACAAAGACGUCGCCAUUAGUUUUCAUAAAUAUAUAUUAUGUAUAUUUAUUAUUUUCUCUAAUAUGUUUUUUGUGAUAAAGUAAAAUAUUCAAUUGUGUGUAAAAUAAGUUGAUAAGAAAGUGCUAAUAUUUAAGUUAUUGUGUCGUAUUGGAAUGUUUCGAGUUCCUAAAACAAUGCCAACGAUAACAACAACGUCAAUUGUUUCAUUGUCAUCAUCGUCGUCCUCAUCAUCGUCGUCGUCGUCGUCCUCAUCAUCGUCGUGUUCAGCUUCAUCCUCAUCGUUAUUAUUAUCUUCAUCAAAUUUAGUAAACAAUAAAAUAAAUAAAGGAGCAAAAGUAUGUUGCUACGGAUCUUACGAUUGUACACAGCCGUGUUUAGAUAAUUACAAUUAUUGUCUGAGGCACAUAUUGGAGGAUCCAAAUGCACCGUAUAAACAGUGUGCAUUUAUUUAUAAUACUAAUGGACGCAAGUGUUGUAAUCCAGCAGCUAAAUUAGAUCUUAAAGAUACUGCUUAUUGUAAUGAACAUACCAGAAGAGCGCAAUUGGCUAGAAUAAAAUCAACUGCCAAACAUACAUUUCCCCAAACACCCGAAGGAUUGAUACUUAAUCUACAGCAUUAUUCUAAACCAACUUUAUUAAAUUCAAAUGGAAAUGGACCACAAGUUAUCGAAACCCAAAAAUUAUUAGAUCCUUUUACUGAUAUCGAUGCAAUAAAAGUAAAUUCCAGCGGCUGUGAUAUUUUAGACUACGCUAGUUCAUCUGACAGUGAUGUUGAACCAACUGUUCCAAGCGAAGCUUUGCGAGGUACAUAUUUAGAUGACAGUGACACUGAAAGUUUUCACAGUCCACAAGAAGAUCCGUUAAAUAUUAAUUUUUUAAGGUAUGCGGGUGUAUUUACAGCCGAGGAGGUCAUUUAUAUAGCAAGAGAAAAAUUAAUUAAAUUGCAAACACUUUACAUUGACCAAUUCAAACGAUUACAAUAUACUUUACGAGAAAAAAGACGUAAAUAUUUACAGGCAUUAAAAAAAGAAAAAGAAACUUUGUGUAGUAUACAUGAUCAAGAAAAAGAAACAGCUAAAGAAAAAAAAAUUUAUGAAAAAUUAAAGGCAUUGAAUCGUUAUCACCGUAGAAGUGGCGUCGAAGCUAUUUUAUAUAAAAAGUCAUUAGACAGACGCACUAAAUCCAGCGAAGGGUUAUCACAGAAACCGCCAAAUAUUCCAAAAUGUAUUUUUACUGAGGGAGGUGUCAAGUGUGGAGAAAGAACACUACCUUCUGCAAAACAUUGCAGAAAACAUAUUCUCAAGGAUCAAAAUCAAGUAUUAUUCAAAGCUUGUGGUGCGAUACGAGCAGAUAUUGAAUGUCAUGAACCAGUCCCAGUAAUUUUUGAUUCAAAUUGUGUAUUUCAUAUGGAUUUGCCAUCGACCUGUAAAAUAGAACCAAUGAAAUUUAAACAAGAGAUGCCUAAACAUUCAUUGUUAUCUGGAAUACCCUCAUCAAUGGACGUAGAUCUUCUUGGUGAAGAAAAUGGUGAAAUAGAUCCUGAUGAUGAUGUUGCAGGAUUGAUGCGUGAGAUGAAUGAUUCAGCGUCAUCCACUAGUAAAAAAAUUGAUGGAACCUACAAUGAAAGUAUAAAUAGUGAAGCGAGUACCGAUACUGCACCGCAAAGUGAUAAAGAUGAUAUAAUGUCUAUUUAAUAAUUAUUAUAACUUAUUAAUUACUUGUAUACAUUUACUCUUUAUUGAUAAGAAUUAUUACUACUAUUCAAUUUUUUGUUUUUUAAAUAAAAAUUAAGUUAAUUCUGUUGAGUACAAAACAAAGUAAAUCAUAUUAUUAUUUAAAUAAUAAUCUUGAAACGAAUAAAUUGACGAAUUUUAA